UGACGUCAUAAGGCUGCGCCGCGCUCCCGCAUCUGAGUCUCAGCUGAAGAAAGGACAAAGUGCCCAAACACACAGAAAAACUCCAGCUGAAGCGACUGAGAUCCAAGUGACACUAUUAUAAAGAUGGAGUUUAUUAAAGAGGAGAGUAAAGACGUGAAGAUUGAAGAAACAUUCAGAGUCAAACAAGAAGACACUGAGGAACAAACAAAGAUUAUGCUUAUUAAAGAGGAGAGUAAAGAUAUGAAGACUGAAGAAACAUUCAGAGUCAAACAAGAAGACACUGAGGAACAAACAGAUCUGAUGGUGCUGAAAGAGGACCGUCAAGAACUGAAUGAUAUGGAAGAGAAAGAUCAUUAUUUCAUAAGUGGAGAAAAGUCUUCCUCAAGAAAAAAGGCAAAAAAUACAAGAAGACACUUCUGCCAACAGUGUGGAAAGCGUUUUGUUCAAAAAGCAAGUAUUAAAAAACACAUGAGAGUUCACACAGGAGAGAAGCCUUAUGGCUGCCAACAGUGUGGAAAACAUUUCAGUCAAAAAGAUUCUCUUAAAAUACAUGUUAGAAUUCACACUGGAGAGAAGCCUUACACAUGUCCUCAGUGUGGAAAGAGUUUUACUCAACUUGGAAACUUUAGAAUCCACAUGAGUGUUCACACCAGAAAGAAGCCUUACAAAUGCCAACACUGUGGAAGACGUUUCAGUCAGAAAAGAAACCUUAAUUACCACAUGACAAUUCACACUGAAGAGAGUCUUUUCACCUGCCAACAGUGUGGAACAACUUUCACUCACAAAGGAAGCUUUAACAGACACCUUAGUAUUCACAAUGUAGUGCAGCGUUACACCUGCCAACAGUGUGGAAAGAGUUUUGAUCAAGAUCAAAACCUUAAAGUCCAUAUGAAAUCUCAUAAAGAGAAAACCUACACAUGUUCUGAGUGUGGAAAGAGUCUCAGUCAAAAACGGACCUAUAGAGACCACAUGAGAAUUCAUUCUGGAGAGCAUCCCUAUAGGUGCACUCCGUGUGGAAAGGGUUUCAAUAACAAACAUAACCUUGAAGAGCACAUAAGAAUUCACACUGGAGAGAAGCCUUUCACCUGCCAGCAAUGUGGAAGAAGUUUUACCCGAAAGGGAACCCUUAACAAGCACAUGAGAACUCAUACAGCAGAAAAUCCGUUUACAUGUGGUCACUGUGGACAGGGUUUCAAAAAUAAAGCAGCACUUAUGUACCACAUGAAUUUUCACAUAUGAAAGAACUGUAAUUUAUGUCAUCAAUGUGGAAAGGUUCACAGUCUGGAAACAUCUCAAGAAUCAUUGCAGAAACAAGGCAAUCUUGUUCAAAAUACCUGAUUGUUGGAUUUAGGCCUUGCUUAUCACCUACAAUCACCUAAAGGAUUAUUAGGAAUACCAUACUAAUACUGUGUUUGACAGUUCCUUCAGAACUGCCUUAAUUCUACGUGGCAUUGGUUCAACAAGGUGCUGCAAGCAUUCUUUUGAAAUGUUGGCCCAUAUUGAUAGGAUCGCAUCUUGCAGUUGAUGGAGAUUUGUGGGAUGCACAUCCAGGGCAUGAAGCUCCUGUUCCACCACAUCCCAAAGAUGCUCUAUUGGGUUGAGAUCUGGUGACUGUGGGGGCCGUUUUAGUACAGUGAACUCAUUGUCAUGUUCAAGAAACCAAUUUGAAAUGAUUCGAGCUUUGUGACAUGGUGCAUUAUCCUGCUGGAAGUAACCAUCAGAGGAUGGGUGCAUGGUGGUCAUAAAGGGAUGGACAUGGUCAGAAACAAUGCUCAGGUAGGCAGUGGCAUUUAAACGAUGCCCAAUUGGCACUAAGGGGCCUAAAGUGUGCCAAGAAAACAUCCCCAACACCAUUACACCACCACCACCAGCCGGCACAGUGGUAACAAGUCAUGAUGGAUCCAUGUUCUCAUUCUGUUUACGCCAAUUUAUGACUCUACCAUCUGAAUGUCUCAACAGAAAUCGAGACUCAUCAGACGAGGCAACAUUUUUUCCAGUCUUCAACUGUCCAAUUUUGGUGACCUCUUUUUCCUAUUUGUAGUGGAGAUGAGUGGUGGGGUCUUCUGCUGUUGUAGCCCAUCCGCCUCAAGGUUGUGCGUGUUGUGGCUUCACAAAUACUUUGCUGCAUACCUCGGUUGUAACGAGUGGUUAUUUCAGUCAAAGUUGCUCUUCUAUCAGCUUGAAUCAGUUGAUCCAUUCUCCUCUGACAUCUAGCAUCAACAAGGCAUUUUCGCCCACAGGACUGCGCAUACUGGAUGUUUUUCCCUUUUCACGCCAUUCUUUGUAAACCCUAGAAAUGGUUGUGCAUGAAAAUCCCAAUAACUGAGCAGAUUGUGAAAUACUCAGACCGGCCCGUCUGGCACCAACAACCAUGCCACACUCAAAAUUGCUUAAAUCACCUUUCUUUCCCAGUCUGACAUUCAGAUUGGAGUUCAGGCGAUUGUCUUCACCAGAAAAAAAAAAAAAAAAAACAAUGACAAGAUAGCGUAGUUGUACAAGCCUAUGACCAUGAAGCCCUACAGAACGGGCAGGACCAUCUAGUUAUAUAUAUUUAUAUAUAUAUAUAUCAAUGAUGAUGCAGUGAAUAGUGACAAUUCUCUCUGGCCAAUCAGCAGUCUGCCGUGUUUUCACAUCACAUUUCAGUAUCGCCUCAGCUCGCUCAGAACCUCGUCGGAGGUGAUACGAAGGAGGCUGAUUUAAGGCCCGAUGUUCUGUCGAUUUGUCCUACCCUGUCAGAAUUUCCUACUUCCCACAAAAACAGCUUUCAAAAGGUGGAUGACUUUUGACUUUUUUGACACGCAGUACCACUUCAGUCUAAUCAUUCACCUUGUGCGUGCGCUCAUCAAAACUGAAACCAAGCCGUUCACACAGAACGUUUCACGCAUUUUCUAAAGGCACAUCUUCUAUCACUGUUGGACUAAGAGCACAAGAGAGCUUUUCUUCACCUUAAAUAUGAAUAAAUUUCACGUUUUGAUAAUAUAAGUACAAAAUGUUCAGCCAUUUUGACACCCCUAUUCUCCAUCAUUGCAUACUCAUUGAUGAGAUAUGCAGAUAGUGAUGAUAAUUGGUUUAUUAAAAAAAGCAAAAAAAAAAACAAAAAAUGCAGGAAGUCAACAGCACAUAAAUGUCAGAAUGUAAAAUAAGUUAUUAUGCAUUUAAAGGGAAAUUAAAUAAAUUUAGAUUAGUUGAUUUAAGUUUACAUUUUCAACGCUAUUGAUGUGUCGCACAGUUUAAUCCUU